CCAGUCUCGGCCUCACCAGCCACACUAUCGAUCGAGGCUGCUGCUGCCCGGGCUUCACGGUGUCCACACCCAAAAGCCGCACGGCUCAGCGAACUCGACGUUCACCAACCGCGCUGGCGUGACAAAACUCCGCCUAUAAAAUCUCCCGGGCCGCCGAGCCUUGCCGGAAUCAGCAACCAACCGAGCUCACCUCCUCGCACAAGGUCUGGGCACCUACACUGGUACAGCUAUAGCUAGCUAGCAUAUACUACUACACCGGAGGGAGGGAGCGAGCGGCCAUGACGAGCGAGGUGCAGUCGGCGCCGCCGACGCCGCGGCCGGUGUCCGCCCCGCCGUCGCAGAUGCACUCUCCGGCGCCCAGCCGGUCGCCGCUGCGCGCGAUGGCGUCGCCGCUCGCCAGCCCCGUGAAGAAGGCGGUGGCGAGCGUGAGGGGGUACCUGGAGGAGGUCGGGCACAUCACCAAGCUCGCCGACCCGCGCGACGCCUGGCUGCCCAUCACCGCGUCCAGGAGCGGCAACGCCUACUACGCCGCCUUCCACAACCUCAGCUCCGGCGUCGGCUUCCAGGCGCUCGUGCUCCCCGCCGCCUUCGCCUCCCUCGGAUGGACGUGGGCGAUCGUGUGCCUGACCGUGGCAUUCGCGUGGCAGCUCUACACGCUGCGGCUGCUGGUGAACCUCCACGAGCCCGUCGCCGGCGGCACACGCUACAGCCGGUACAUGCACCUCGCCACCACCGUCUUCGGUGAGAGAUGGGGGAAGAUCCUGGCGCUGCUCCCGACGAUGUACCUGUCGGCGGGGACCUGCACGGCGCUCAUCAUCGUGGGCGGCGGCAGCAUGAAGAUCCUCUUCAGCAUCGCCUGCGGGCCCGCGUGCGUGGCGCGGCCGCCGACCAUGGUGGAGUGGUACGUGGUGUUCGUCUGCGUGGCCGUGGUGCUGUCCCAGCUCCCCAACCUCAACUCCAUCGCCGGCGUCUCCCUGGUCGGGGCGACGGCGGCCGUCGGCUACUGCACCAUGAUCUGGGUCAUUUCCGUGACCAAGGGGAGGGUGGCCGGCGUGUCCUACGACCCGGUCAAGGCCAGCAGCGACGUCGACAGGACGAUCGCCGUCCUCAAUGGCCUGGGCAUCAUCGCGUUCGCUUUCAGGGGGCACAAUCUUGUGCUCGAGAUUCAGGGCACAAUGCCGUCGACGCUGAAGCAUCCUUCACACGUGCCCAUGUGGAAGGGCGUCAAGUUCGCCUACCUCGUCGUCGCUCUCUGCCUCUACCCCGUCGCCAUCGGCGGCUUCUGGGCCUACGGCAACCAGAUACCUCCGAACGGGAUCCUGAGCGCACUCUACAAGUUCCACAGCCGCGACGUGUCCCGGCUGGUGAUCGGUCUCGCGACGCUGCUGGUGAUCGUCAACUGCCUGACCACGUUCCAGAUCUACGCCAUGCCGGUGUUCGACAACAUGGAGGCCGGGUACGUGCACAAGAAGAACCGGCCGUGCCCGUGGUGGCUGCGCGCGGGCUUCCGCGCCUUGUUCGGCGCCGUCAACCUGCUCAUCGCCGUCGCGCUGCCCUUCCUGUCGGAGCUCGCCGGCCUCCUCGGCGGGAUCUCGCUGCCGGUCACCCUGGCCUACCCGUGCUUCAUGUGGCUGGCCAUCAUGAAGCCCGGGAGGGGCACGGCGAUGUGGUGCGUCAACUGGGCGCUGGGGUGCCUCGGCAUGGGGCUCAGCUUCGUCCUCAUAGUCGGGAACCUCUGGGGGCUCGUCGCCACUGGCCUGCAUGUGCAGUUCUUCAAGCCCGCCGAGUUCCAGUGAGUGAAUUUAAAGAUGAAAGCAAGUUUUUUUUUUCGAGUGAAGAUGGAAGCAAGUUUGCUGUCUAAUCCACCAACGGAAGACGUAUCAAUGUGAUGUAAUGCUGGCUUGUUUUUCAUUUUGUUUCUGAGAAGUAUACUAUGUCUUGUACUGGAACCUGAAAUGUUGAUUCUUUUAGAAGCAAAAAGCUGAAUCUACGUUUCAAACAUUAUACUA